AUGUGGCUGUAUAAUGUUUUUACGAGUUUUUACCUCAUGGGGUUUUUCGUGUUUAUAUUUAUUUUUAUCUUAAUAGCAGACUUCCUCAAACACAGGAAUCCUCAAAAUUAUCCUCCAGGUCCGUUGGCUCUUCCCCUUGUGGGGAAUUUCUUCAGUGUGGACAGUCAACAUCCACACAUUUAUUUUACCAAGCUGGCUGACGUCUAUGGAAAGGUGUUCAGCGUCCGCCUCGGCGGUGAAAAGAUGGUGUUUGUGUCCGGGUACAAGAUGGUGAGGGAAGCCAUAGUGACGCAAGCCGACAACUUCUUGGACCGACCAAAGGAUGAAAUCGCCAACAGGUUUUACUUAGGAGACACAGGCGGUCUGUUCAUGAGCAACGGUGAAACUUGGAAGAGACAGCGACGCUUUGCCUUGUCUACCUUACGUAACUUCGGCCUCGGCAAAAAAAACAUGGAGCAGAGUAUCUGUGAGGAGAUCCGACACCUGCAGGAGGAGAUGGAGAAGGAGAAAGGUGAACCUUUCAACCCCGCAAGCCUCUUCAACAACGCUGUGUCCAACAUCAUUUGCCAGCUGGUGAUGGGGAAACGGUUUGACUACAGCGACCACAACUUCCAGAUCAUGCUAAAGUAUUUGUCUGAAGCUAUCCGCCUGGAGGGCUCUGCAUGGGGUACGCUGUAUCAAGCAUUCCCUGGAGUGAUGAAGCACUUGCCGGGUCCUCACAACACAAUGUUCAGCCACUACAACGCCAUCCUGGAAUUCAUCAGUCAGGAGGUAGAGAGCCACAAGAAGGACCUGGACCACAGCGAUCCACGGGACUACAUUGACGCCUUCAUUAUUGAAAUGGCGAAUCAUCAUGAGUCUGUUCUGGGCUUCACUGAGUUCAAUCUGGCUCUAUGCUCUGGGGAUCUCUUCCUGGCUGGAACGGAGACAACCUCCACCACUUUGCUCUGGGCUUUGGUUUUCCUCAUAAAAACCCCUGAUAUUCAGGACAAUGUCCAGGCAGAAAUAGACAAAGUAAUCGGACAGACGCGACUGCCAACUAUGGAAGAUAGACCCAACCUGCCUUACACUAAUGCCGUCAUCCACGAGAUCCAGAGGAUGGGAAACAUUGUUCCUCUCAAUGGACCCAGAAUGGCUGCCAGGGACACAACACUGGGUGGCUACUUCAUACCCAAGGGUACGUCCUUGAUGCCCAACCUAACCUCUGUGCUGUUUGACAAGACCGAAUGGGAGACUCCAGACACCUUCAACCCCGGACACUUCCUAGAUGCUCAGGGAAAGUUUGUGAAGAGAGAAGCUUUCCUGCCUUUCUCUGCAGGGAAACGUGCGUGUCUCGGUGAAGGCCUGGCCAAGAUGGAGCUGUUCCUGUUUUUGGUCGGUUUACUACAGAAGUUCUCUUUUUCUGUUCCUGAUGGAGUAGAGUUGAGAGCAGAAGGAUUAACUGGACUUACACGCUUACCACACCCCUUCAAGGUUUACGUAAAAGUUCGCUGA